AAACUUUUUUAUUUUAUUAUUACAAAUUAGGGCAGUCAUAAAAAUCAAAUCUUUUUUAGUCGUAAAAUGUCAACUAGUUUAGUCAUUACAAUUUUAAAGUAGUGUUGAAUGUGGGGAUCGAAUCCGGUCUACAUUAUUAUUAUUGUGCGUCGUCGUGUAUUACUGUACACCUAAAGUAUAUUAUCUAGUGAAUUAGGUGAUAUGGGUUUUGUUUAAUUAUCAACAUUUUUCCUUUUUUUGUGGUUUUAAUGUUUUAUUUGUUUGUGUUGAAGAAAAAUAUUUAAGGUUGUGAAGCUUAAUAAGUCCCUGAAGUUGCGGAUAAAAGUGAUCUUGGUCAUAAAUAGAAAUUAUAUAUAAAUUGAUGAUAAAAGAGAUUGUCUAAAGAAUUGUUCAAAGAAAGCUUCUUUACCUGUCCUUCAAUAAAGGUGGUGAACAAGUUUUAGAGAGAGAAAGAGGGAGAUAGUUAGAGAGAGAAACAAGGCCGCCUUCUUUUUUGGGUGGAAUACAUGAGUUGCUGACCAUAACUGAAACUUUGUAAGUCUACUCAUGGAUGAAUAUUCCAAUAGAAGAUCUUCUGGGGGACUCGCUGUCUCUAGAAGAGGGCCUAGCCAUGCUUUGAGAGAGACAGCUCAGAACAAUAGAGAUAAAAAUGUUCAGGUUUGCAGUCGAGUUGGAUGUGGUAGCAGGUUGAACUCGAUGAAGGAUGCACAGACUGGCUCUCCCAGUAAAGUCAAAACACCAAAAACUCCUUUUCGUUCAUCUGCUCUUAGAAAGGAAAGCAUUGGCAGUUCAUCCAGAUCUCCCGCUUCUCCUAUUACUCCCAAAAAGCCAGUCUCAGGCUCAAAAAAGAAAUUGCCUUCCCACCUUGACACUGAUUCAGAAACGUGCAGUCUACAACAGGAAUCCGAGAAAGUUUGUGGAAAAACCCAGAUGAGGGUUCAUCCUGAGCCAGAAGAUCAUGAUCAUCCUGAAGCCACAUCUUCUGAAGCUGGGAGUUCUAAUUCGGGAUCCACUAGAAAACUUGCAAAAAAAAGUGCUCCGAAAUUUGGAUUGGGGCGCCAAGAUUCAGCUGCAAGUUCAUCUACCUCAUUUGGUUUUAAACAGGCCAACCAAGGGGCUAGAAAUGGUGGGGCUAGUACAAGCAGGUACAAUUUAAGGAAUUUAAAAUGCAACUCAAUCUCUGACGUCGUACCAUCAGGUUCUUCUCUCUCUCCUGAGUCAAAUGUUAGUAAGAAGAGGGACACGAGUGGUAGGAAGAGGGUUGGUGAAGCUGAGAGUAGUUUACCUGUGAGAGGAAAGAAGAUGAAUGGAACUAUACUGGAUGAUCGAAAGAAUGAAUCUUCCAAUCGUGGAAUCUCAAUCUCUGAUUCAAGACGUACCAGAAGCUUGAAUCCUGGGAAUAACGACUCUGCACCAGUUAGGACUCAGAGGUCAUCUGCUAGAACAAGGCUUUCAAAUCAGGAAAGUCGGGACAGAUUGCCAUUGGUUGAGUCACCUCGAAUGAGCCCAUCUUCAUCUCAACCUGACUUAAUAACUGAUGAAACUGAUUUUAGUUUGGAAAAUCAGUUCUCUGUCCAAACUUCAGCUGGUUAUUCAAAUUCCCUGGUUAGACCAGGUAGCGGCAUCGAACACAUGCAUCCUAAUAGGUCUAGUGACCCCUAUGAUGCUGGCCUUGCUCGUUCUUUUAUGAAUCGUGAUGCUUUAAGACAGUACAACUUAGAUGGGAUUGCAGAGAUGUUACUAGCACUAGAGAGAAUUGAACAAGAAGAAGAGCCAACAUAUGAGCAAUUGCUUGUUCUGGAGUCUAAUCUUUUCUUAAGUGGACUUUCAUUCCAUGAUCAGCACAGGGACUUGAGGCUGGAUAUUGACAAUAUGUCAUAUGAGGAACUAUUAGCCUUGGAAGAGAGGAUGGGAACCGUGAGUACAGCCGUGCCAGAAAACGUUUUGGCUAAUUGCCUUGAAAGAAGCAUUUACCAGGGUAUUGCAGAAUGUAGAGAGGAUGAGAAAGAUGUCAAAUGCAGUAUAUGCCAGGAAGAAUAUGCAGACACAGAAGAAUUGGGAAGACUUAGUUGUAAUCACAGAUACCACUUUGAGUGUAUAAAUCAAUGGCUGAAACUCAAGAAUUGGUGCCCUGUCUGCAAGAAUUCUGUAGCACCUCCACCUUCAGCGUCCCUGCCUCCCUGAACUCCACCAAUAUGUUCUUCCAUCGUUCUCUCAGUUUGUACAGAUCAAAUUCGGUCUGCCUCAUUUGUUCAUCAGAAAUUUGAUUAUAUUUUUUUUCCAUAGUUCGCCACUUUUCCCACUCUUUUGUACAUAGAAGUCUCUUAAAUCCUUCAACUAAUAAUCCUAGCCCUUUUUAGAGGCUCCAUUAUGGGAAUUGGUUGAUUUCUCCUCCUUAUCUAUCAUCAAGUUCUCAAGUAAAUAUACCCCCUCCCCAAAUUUCUUCUCUA